AUCUUCCCAGCUUCAGUCCUACAGGAUGUUCAGUUCUGACAGGCCUUUGGGAGAAGGGGACCUGAGGAAGUUACUGAAGCUGUACCGCACAGAAAUUUCAAUGGCAGUGGAUGAUGUCUUCCCAUUGCUUCAUGGACUUGUGGAUCACGAUGUUGUCACUGAAGAGAUGUUCAAGGACACUAUCCGUAUGAAGGAGAAAGAGGGCUGCCACAAGGCUUUUCAUGCCAUGUUGACAUGGCUGCUGAGUCAGGAGUCUCCUUCUAUCCAGGACUUCUGGAGGGUCCUCUUCAAGGAUUACAACCUGGAGAGAUAUUCCAAGCUCCAAUCCAUUUGGAGCAGCUUUCCCAAAGAUAUGGAUCUUGGCAGGCAUCGCAAGGCAAGGAAACUCCCAGCCAGCCCUAAGAUACUGGCUCAGCACAAGUCUCAUGGAAAGCGAAAGGCAACAGAGGAGAAGGAGCCUUCCCACCACCCUCAGCCUCUAGUGAAAGGCGACCCACACCUUGGGUCUCUGUCCAAGGCAAAAGCAGUGAAGAAAGCAGAGAACACUGAAAUUCAGCAUUGUCCACCUCCAAAUGCUGAGAAGGCUGCCCUUGUGACACCCAGUGAAAAACCAGUAACCAGUGGGGAUGUAGAAGGAAUUUUUCUCAAGCAGGUUUUUGAGUCAGGAGAUAUUAAGAAAUGCAUCAAAGUUGGUGCUGAGUUUUAUACCACAAGGAAACUGGAGGGUCCUGGAGAGAAGAACAGAGCUUGUGAACAAAAGCCCAAAGAAUCACAGGCCCCUGAAUAUAAGGGAGAACAGAAAGGAAGUUUGCAGGACAAAUGUCCCACGAUCUCUUUCCAUACUGUUGACCCAGCCCUCCAGCAGAAGAAUGAUGAUGAAUGUGCUGUCUGCAGAGAUGGUGGGGAGCUGAUCUGCUGUGAUGGAUGCCCCAAAGCCUUUCACCUGGCUUGCCUUCGGCCACCACUGACAGCAAUUCCCAGCGGAACAUGGAGGUGUGACUCCUGCUCUCCAGGGAAGGUGAAACAGGACAGGCACAACGAAGAAGAGAGCAGCAGACAGCGACUUUCUCAGACUCUGGAUCCUCUUGCCCUCUAUGGCCAGAAAACAGCCGAAGAUCGGAAGAGAGUUCUCAUCAAAGAACCUGUUGGGGCUUCCUUCAGGCAGCCACUGCUUUCUGCACCCCCAGUGUCUGUGGCGGUACUACCAACACUACAGAGUGUGGGAACAGAGACCCAGCUGAAACUGACCACUGGGGAAAAGUGUGGGGUAUGCAGAAAAGGAGGUGACAUGAUCUACUGCAGCAAAUGCUUCAGGGCUUUCCACUGGCACUGCCAUUUUCCUGCCCAUGCAGAUCAAAUCAGUGGAAUCUUGAUCUGCAAAUCCUGCUCUGGCAGCCCUGCUACUGUCACUGUGGAAGGAGCAGCAACCUCAAGCAGCACAGCGCUAAGAACAGUAAAGGUCAGGACUUCCAAAAUCCUUUUAGCUUUCUGGGUGGUGGAAGAAUCUGCUGGGGCUGAACCAGUUCUGAAUAAAGAUGAGCUGGACUCUCUAUUAGGGGAGAAUACUUUUGAUGGGAUCCUGCAUUGGGCAUUCCAGAGCAUGUCUCGCCCAGCACCAGAUACCCAAGGAUUUUUUUCCUAGGACCUUGGAUAUGGCACUGUCUUGUCCUAACAUCAGACUUGUCUUCAUCUGUCUGUGGUUUAAAUUUCAGCACACCAAAUUGUUCGAAUGUAGUCUCUUUUGUUUUGCUGAUAAGUCUCUAAAAUUAUUUCUGUGCUUUUUUGAGUUGAUAGAAUGGAUUUUUUUCUAUUCUGUACCUCAACCAGGAUCAUCAUCUUCAUAUAAUUGUACAAGAGAGUAUGAAUUAUGAGAAAUUAGAAGUUCCCAAAUUAUUAGGUAGCCC